AUGGAAAAUUUAACUUUACAAAACAGAUUAGUGUUCAACAAAUGUUUUUGUUGUAAUAAAAACUUUAUUUUAUCUCAACUUAUUGAUUUGAAUGAAAACUCAGUUUAUGUCGGAGGUGAAACUAUUUCAUUUGAUGAAUUAAUUCUUGAUGUCUGCUUAAUUUUGAUAGAUGUUUCAACAAAGAGUUUUAUUUGUGAAGAAUGUAAGAAUCAACUUGUUCUCUUUCAUAUGUUUAAAAGAGAUGUCAAAAAGUAUUCAUCGUUCCAAAAAAAUUUACAAAUGCUUCAUAUUCUUUCUAAAGUGGAAAAAUCUUUAAACUAUUCAUCGAACAUCGAUGAAUUUGUAAUAAAACAGUGUGAGAGUUCAGUUAUUAUUUCACCUAAAGAGGAAAUACAUAAUAUUGAAAGAAUUCUCAAAACGGAUGAGACAAUCAUUCACGACAGCUCAGAUGAAGUUCAUCAAGACACUGCCAAUGAACCUGAAUAUGUUGAAGAAUACAUAGAAGAAAUCAUAAAACCAGAAGAAGUUUCUUAUGACGAGAUCGAAGAAGCUCAUGAUGAGAGCAUACGAAGUGAAGAUUUUCAUGAACUUGUGGAAUGUCGCGUGGCUUCACCAAUAGCAGAAUCGAAAAUAAAAAUUGAAUCAUACAGAAAACCAAAGCAACAGGGUAAUCAAAAAUACAAAUAUCCUAUAAAUACCAAUGAUAAAUUAACAGAAGAGCAAAAAGAUUGGAUUAGAGAACAAGUGAGGGAAAGUGAAAUAAUGAUCGAUGGAAAAAUUAAUUUCAAGUGUUCGUUGUGCAAUGUUAUCAUUCAAAUAUCGGGAACUUUGAAGAAACAUUUACGAGAUUGUCAUCUUUUGAAAUCAGAAAAAGCGCUUGAAAUUGCAAACAGUCGCAGGGAAUUUAAAGAAGAAAUUCGAAAGAGUAAAAUUAUUCUGAAAACGUCAAAUGGCAUUGAAACUAUUUGGAAGUGUCAACGAUGCGAUUCAGAUAGGAUUUUUAGAAGUGAGACUGGUCUUAAAGUUCACAUUCGUUACAAUCACAUAAGGAAUCAAGUAAUUGAUGCAAAAUUCAUUGCAAAUUGUAAAAUAUCUCUUGAAACAGAAAAUGGUUUGAAGAAUGCUUGGAAAUGUCCGGAAUGUGAGAAAAUUCUUAUGAGUCGUGAUGGCUUAAGAAAUCAUAUGAAAUCUGAACAUCCAAAUACAUUGGAAGGAAACAGAACUUAUGAAAAUAAUAUCAGUUUAAAACAUGACAACAGUGGCGACUUUCAAAGUGAAAUUCUUUUAAAUCUUUUGGAGAAAAAGCGACGAACCUUAAACCUUGACACUUUCUCUGGAAUUUGUGAAGAAUGUGGUGUUCAAUUCAUCAAUGGAACAAGUAAGAAAGAGAGCAGUUCCAAGAUUCAUCACGAAUGUCAUAAAAUACUGAAUAUUGUCGCUCAAUAUUAUCAACUUCCCAAAUGCGAUGUCUCGAAAGUUAUGUUUAGUAAUGACGUCGAUCUUGAAAGGUUCUCGUCAAGUCAAGAAUUCUUUACUCCAACACCAUGCGAUGGAAUGACAGCGAAAGUUUCACAAAAGCUUAAAGAUCCAAUCGGAAAUGCCAAUCCAACGGAUGAAAAUGCAUGGCAAUGUGGUCAUUGUGGUGUUAAAUAUCAAACAGAAAUUGAUUGCAAAUCUCACGUCAUGAUUCUUCAUUCAAAGAAGUUUAUUUGUCCAGUUGAUCACAUGGAAUUCGAAGGAAGUCGUGGAAUUAGUCUCUUCAACGCUCAUAUGUACAACAGACAUCCAGACAUGUUUCCAAAUCAUGUGAUUUCUUGCACUUAUUGUCAUGAAGAAUUCGCUUCAAUUUUUGAGAAACUUUCACAUAUGAAAACAUGCAAUGAGAAGAAGUUUGAAUGUGAUCAUUGUUCGAAGAAGUUCUUCACAAAAACUCAAUUGAUUCGACAUUUGAAAAUCGUUUCUGGUGACAUCUCUUAUGUUUGCGAUGUUUGUUGGAAGAGUUGUGCAUCAACAAUGGAUCUGAAACUUCAUCGCUUAUCACAUACGAAUCAAAAGCCAUACGUUUGCAGUUAUCCCGAAUGUAAUAAAGCUUUCAAAACUCCAACAGCACGAUCAUCACAUAUGGAGACGCAUAGCAACAUAAGCUUCUCAUGUUCAUUAUGUUCUGCCACUUUCCGUCAAAGAAAUCUUCUUCAAAGGCAUCUGAAGAAAGGAAGUUGUAAAGGAAAAAUGAAGCAUUUUGUCGUUGAAGAAAUCAUUGAAGAAAAUCAACUUUAUGAUGUCAGCGAGAUAUCAAAUUAG